AUGGCGUUCCAUACUCAUCACAGCACCCAGUGGGUCAGCCAUGGACCUCCAACUGGAUAUAUGCCAGCAAUGAGCCCAGCAAUGCCACCCUUAUCUGGGCCUCCUCAGGUUCACCAUCAGCCACAUCCACAGCAGAGUGGCCCUCAACCUCAACGUCCCGAAUCCUAUCGCUUAGAAGUAUUACAACAACCUACCAUGGCCAAAGCUGCCAAUGGUAAAGACAAAGACCGUAAGCCCGUCGACCCUCCCCCGAUCCUCCAACUACACGUACCAAGCGACGAAGAUCCCGAUGGUGUAUACCGGCAAAGCCCCUAUCUUAUAGCCGUUGCAUAUCUAGAGUAUGCGCACCCUCCGGGUCCGAAUGGGCAGUCUACUCCGCCAGCAAACAUGAUGGCGGGUACAACAGUUUCAUCAUUACACCGACUAAAGGAUCCUACUAAUAAAGAGGGGGCGUUCUUUGUGUUUGGUGAUCUUACGAUUAAGAGUGAAGGGGAAUAUGUCAUUCGGUUUGACCUGUUACAGAUGACGAUGGAUAAUCUCGAUGAAGGCGAAUUUUGGGUCACGAUUUGUUCGGUGACGAGCGACCCCUUUAAAGUCCAUGCUGGGAGGGCAUUCCCUGGUAUGGCAGAAUCUACGUUUUUGACUCGUUCAUUUAGCGAUCAGGGAGUUCGCCUUCGACUACGCAAGGAUUCGCGGCAAAUUGCGAACAAGAAAAAGAAUCUGCGUAUGGCAGACAUAGACAAGCAGGCAGGACACAGGCAAGGUGGAGCCGCACAGAACGGUGGCAUGCAGCCUAUUGACGAGCGCUCCUAUCACGAUUAUGGAGACGAACCCGUAGCGAAGAGACACCGAACAGAAUAUUCUACGAUAAACCCUGGGACACCUACGCAGGAAGGGGGUCCGGAGUUACGCUGGGGGCCAUAUGGUGCUCCCGCGGGCCCAGGAUACACGUCCCAACAGCUUUCCUUAGGGUCGGUGACUACGGGACCACCGAGCUCAGCGACGACAGUAUCGAUGCCUCCUCCAACCGGCCGUAUCGAAACCCACUUCUCUUCGCUACAAGGCCCUCACGCUUUCGAGCGACAGUCUCCGAUAAAUCACUCACCGAUCCAAUUCGGAAAUCCAACUGCACCAAACUCUUCUCACCCCUUUAUCUUCACAGGAGGCUCUAAUACCGGAAACAAUCCGCCGCUAAAUCUCGCGCCGAUCCCAACGCACCCCCAAAGCGCGAUGGCUUCGCCAAUACAUAAUGUGUCGCCUCGAUCACAUGGACCGCUGAACGGCGCACCGCCCUCAGGAACUGCGUCGCCAGUAGGUCCUAAUCUAUACACCACAGCACCUCCCACCUCAAAUACACAUCAGACCCACCAUUCACCCUAUUCUAACCAAGGAGCAUAUCAAAGUAUGACGAAUGCCUACGACCAUGGCAGCUUACGCGAGCACGGCUUAGGAACACCUUUGACAGCGACUAUGCCGUCUGAGAGUUUGAACGGUUCUUACCCAAUUGGCGGCGCGGACUCUUUCGAUCACCAUCUUGGCCAUAUGGUCAAUAAAACACAGCAAGACCACUAG